AUGCCGUCUCGCUUACCGACGGACGUCUCCUCCCUCGCAAAGUUCAUCGUGUCGCCCGAGUGCCGCUCGAUCGCCAUCCUCACGGGCGCGGGCGUCAGCGUCGCGGCCGGCAUCCCCGACUUUCGCAGCCCGGGUGGCAUGUACGACACACUGCGGCCAGAGCUCAUCACAGCGACCGCGGCCCAGCGCCGUGCGAUGGCAGCGGACCCGACCGCUGUCGUGCUGAAGGACAUGUUCUUUGCCAACGCAUUCCCGUAUCUCGAGGUUCGCCGGCCAUUCAUCCUGGGCACGAGGGAGCGGCGAUGGCGCGCGACGCUCAGCCACCGCUUUGCCGAGCUGCUCCACGCAAAGACGGGAAAGCUGACGCGGCUGUACACGCAGAACAUUGACGGGCUCGACUACCAGACGGCCCUGCCGACCGAGAAGAUUGUCGCCGUCCACGGCUCCAUAGGCAAGGUGGCGUGCGAGGGCUGUGGCGCGCCGAUGGAGUUCGACGCCUUCUGCGCAGAGGUGCGGGCCCGCAUAAAGGACCUGUACGGCGUCGAUUCGGCGGCCCCGGCCGAGUCGACGCCCAUCCCGUGCCCAGCCUGCCACCGCCCUCUCGUCAAGCCAACGACUGUGCUCUUCGGCUCGAGCCUGCCGGCUGAGUUCUUCGAGCGGAGCGCGGAGGACCUUCCAUCGGUGGACCUGCUCCUCGUCGCCGGCACCUCGCUUGUCGUCUCGCCGGCCAACUCGCUCGUGUACUGCGUGCCGGACAGCGCGGUCCGAGCCGUCAUCAACGCCGAGCCCGUCGGGCAGGAGCUUGGCAUCCGCUACUCGCCCGGCGGGCGAGACCUCUUCUUGGGAGGUGAGUGCGACGACACCUUCCUCGCGCUGAUGGUGCAGCUCGGCUGGGCGGACGACCUCGCUCGGCUCGAUGCCGAGCUUCCCGCGGCGAGCCAGAAGCGGCUGCGCGCACUCCUGGCGGCCGGCGUGGGAGACGACGACUUCACCACCGUCUAA